AUGGAAACACCUCCUCCUCCUCCUCAGCAACAGCAGCCGCGAAAGCGUGGCCGGCCGAAGGGCUCAACCAACAAGCCCAAGGAGGACAGAGAACGCGAUUCGCAUCCUUCCGGCGGCGCCACCUCUAGGAAGCGAGGCGGGGCCGGCGGUGGCAAGAAGGCCGGCGGUGGUGUUGAUGAGAAGUACGCUCAGUGGAAGUCGCUGGUUCCGGUCCUCUACGACUGGUUCGCUAAUCAUAACCUUGUCUGGCCUUCCCUCUCUUGCCGAUGGGGUCCUGUGAUUGAGCAGCAUAGUCACAAAAAUUGCCAGCGUCUUUACCUUUCUGAACAGACAGAUCAAUCAGCACCAAACACUUUGAUUAUAGCUAACUGUGAUGUGGUUCGGCCCAGAAUUGCAGCAGAGAAUCACAUAGCACAUUUCAAUGAAGAAGCACGCUCACCAUAUGUCAAAAAGUACAAAACUAUUAUCCACCCAGGAGAGGUGAACAGAAUCAGGGAGCUUCCUCAGAAUAAAAACAUAGUGGCUACCCACACUGAUAGUCCUGAAGUUCUGAUAUGGGACAUUGAAGCUCAACCUAAUCGGCAGGCUGUUCUUGGAGCUGCUGUGUCACUCCCAGAUUUGACAUUGACUGGACAUCAAGAUAAUGCAGAAUUUGCUCUGGCAAUGUGCCCCAUUGAGCCCUUUGUACUCUCUGGAGGAAAGGACAAAUAUGUGGUCUUGUGGAGUAUUCAGGAUCACAUAUCAACAUUGGCCACAGACACACAGAAGUCUGUAGGAUCGGCAGGCUCAUCUAUUAUGGCUGUUAAUAAUCCUUCUAUUGGAGCCCGUGGAAUCUUUCAAGGGCAUGAGGAUACUGUUGAAGAUGUUCAGUUCUGCCCAUCAAGUUCUCAGGAAUUUUGUAGUGUUGGUGAUGAUUCGUGCCUCAUCCUAUGGGAUGCUCGAGUUGGUCCUAAUCCUGCUGUAAAGGUUGAAAAAGCUCAUAAUGCAGAUCUUCACUGUGUUGACUGGAAUCCUCAUGAUGACAAUCUUAUAAUAACUGGCUCUGCAGAUAAUUCUGUCUGCUUGUUUGAUAGACGUAGUUUAACUUCAAAUGGAGUUGGUUCACCAAUUCAUAUAUUUCAACAUCACAAAGCGGCAGUUCUUUGUGUGCAGUGGUCUCCAGAUAAGUCAUCUGUUUUUGGGAGUUGUGCAGAGGAUGGUCGACUUAAUAUUUGGGAUUAUGAGAAGGUUGGUGAGGAUACUGAGACACCUGCUGCUGGCUUAUUUUUCCAGCAUGCUGGGCACAGGGAUAAAGUUGUAGACUUCCAGUGGAAUGCAUCUGAUCCAUGGACAAUUGUUAGUGUAUCCGAUGACUGUGACUCUACUGGUAGAGGCGGUGGCACGCUGCAGAUAUGGCGGAUGCUUGAUUUGCUGUAUCGGCCUAAAGAGGAAGCUUUGGCUGAGCUCCAAAGGUUCAAAGACCAUAUUAGCAACUGUACUUCCUACCAAGCCUGAGCUGAGACUCCUGACUAACAGUAUUACUGUUAAUUGGUAAUAACCCCAUAGCCCAUAGGUCAUAGCUAGUAUUAGCUGCAGUCAAGUCUGUGAAUUAUAGGAUUGGCGGUUGAGAUUCUCAUAACAGCCAGAUUGUCUACCAAAUUUACCCACUCCGAUAAGUCUUGAAUUUUAUCAAUUUAUUGAUUGAGAUAUUAUUGAGAGAGAAAUUGCAUUUGCACUUGAAAA